CACAUUUCCACAGCUCCUAUAUAGAGUCAGCAGGAUGGGACAAAGCCAAUCUCUAGAAUUCGGACUUAUCCCUUACCCUCCACAUGCAGCCGUGUAUAUGGUUGAGCAUCAGCCUGAGAUUGUCAUUGAUAAUUCUCUGGUGCAGUUUUCAGGGUUAGACUCCACCAACGUGCUGCAGGGCUACAUGUCCUCUGUUGAUGCCAAUCAGCUGUCUGGCUAUACAGAGAGGCUGGGCUCUGCAUUGGGAGGUUUGGAAUCGGUUCCCAAUGCGGUAGGACUUGGGGCCCUGGUCAUCUCCAUGAUACUGGAGCUCUUUGUGGGCAAGAAAGAUGAGAUGAGCACCAGAGACAUCCUGCGCAGGGUAUUUGCUGAAGAGAAAGCCUCAGAGAUCCGAGACCUGAUGGAUGAAUAUAUGAGACGUCUGGAGAUCAACCUGAGGAAUACGCAGCUUCAGUUGGAGGACACGAGAAGAAUAGAGGCCAUGCUGAGCCCCCAACUCACACGAGCAAAGAACUCCAUGCUGAAAGAUGGUCACAUGUCAACCAGAGCCCUCAGUCACUGGGUGAACGGAGCUGCCUUCCAUACCCAGAUGUUGAUCCACCAGGCUCGUCUGGAAGCGGGUGAUGGCGCCAGAGCCACCGCAGCUGUGGAUCUGUACCAGAAAGAUCUCAGCCUACUGACCGACAACUACAGGACCCAUGUGCCUGACUUUUCCAGACAGGUGGAAACUGACGGGCAAGACAUUUCUAAUGUGAAAUGUAACUUGGAGUUGGAAGGGCCAAAGCAAUACUUUUUGAGUGUUAAGAGAGACAUUCCAGCCCUAAUAAGACAACAUAACACUUUUAAUGUCAUGGUCAGUUCAUGAAAUACUCGUGCUGAAAUCUUCCACCAGAUGUUCAAACUGUGGCUUUUGUUGUUCUACUCAAAAAACCCUCACAUUAAAGUUUUAUUUUCUACGAAAUAAAUGAAAUAAAUCAUUUUCUAGUGUUUAUUGCCUGU